AUGAUGUUUACUGCGACACUGGGCCCUCUUAUUGCGCCCACACUGGAAAGGCGCUUCCCCCCGUCAGCCAGACACGGCACAAUCUAUCCUGCCCCAAAGCAUAGCGAGGGUGCAGAAGGUGCAACUAAAGGAGGACUCGUCACGGCGUUCUCGAAAUUCUACACCGACAAUGUGUUGUUUCCGCUUAUAGUGAGCGUACUGCCUUGGGAGGCCUCCCCUCCAGCGUUCAUCGAAGAUCGCGCCAAGCUCCUCGGUAGACCCAUAAAUUUGGAACAAUUUGCAGAAGGCAGACCAAGCUCGAUUUCCCUAUUUUCCUCGCAUUUGCUUCUCCUGGAAGAGCAGCUAAGUGACUCCCGCGAAUGGCUUUCGGACACAAAGGCUUUAAGCCUCACCGACAUAUCCGUACACUUCCUUCUCGCCUGGGGCAGAAGGAUGCCUACCGUCGCAUCCCUAUUCGACGAGUCGCGCUUCCCACUCACUAUCGCUUGGCUCGAUCGCGUGUCUGCAGCAAUAACUGCUCUUAAAGCAACGCAGACCCCUCCGUCCAAGCUCUCCGGGGAGACAGCAGCGCGAAAGAUCGUAUCCGCGCCGCACGAGCCAUACGACGUCGUCGGCUUCGACACCAUCGAGGCAACGCGCUUGGGCGUGGGACUUGGAGACACGGUACAGGUCGCUCCAGACGAUUACGGGAAGGAUUAUCCGACAAACGGUAAACUCGUCGCGCUGAGUCGUAGUGAAUUGACUUUGGAGGUUCAGGGUUCCGAAGGCCUCCUACGCUGUCACUUCCCCCGCCUUGGGUACGUUGUUAAGCGUGCCUCUGUUUGA